UCUUCAUCAAACAGCAUUUGCAGUUUCAACAUUCAAUCUCUGUCAUCACCAAGAAGAUGAGCCCACCACCAGCUUCUUCAAGCUUCCAUGGCUUCCAGCACUCAUCCAAGGAUCUCAUCAAAGGCCCACGUCCCUCUCCUUUGAUGAUCAACAGAAGCUCCCAUUCCAUCAGAAAACCUUCAUCUUCGCUGGCGCCGCUGCAUGCCUCCUCCGUCACAGAGACGACGACCACCACGAAUCCCAAACCCCAUCAUCAUCAUCAACAGCAACAAAUAAGGAAGCCCAUCAUCAUCUACGCGCACUCACCCAAGACCAUCCAUACCAAGCCUCAAGAUUUCAUGGCUCUGGUUCAGAAGCUCACCGGCAUGCCCCGUCCUAAAGACAAAGACGUUAUUGCUGUUUCCGGCGCCGGCACCGAGAACCUGGAGUCUUCCUUGUCCGACGAAUCGAUUAUUAGCAGUAUUAAACAAGAGAAUAAGCACGGUACUUCUGAAGCUAAUAACGAGAUUACGAGCUCGUCAUCACCAUCGGUGCCAGUAUAUAGACAUACUACUGGUUCUGCAGAAUUUAAUUAUGCUGAUAUACCUCUAUUUACACCGAAUUCUUCAGAUUUCUUGAGUCCCUACUCUAGAUCGGUGUAUAAGCAUUCUGAUUCACUCUUUGGUAUGCUGGGUACUUUGAUUUCACCUUCUGGGUUGGAAUUCAUCAAAGAGCUUCCUGAAUAUUGAAUUUUACAACUUUUUGGGGUUCAUUUGCACGUGAAGGUCAAUAUCUGAUUUCUUGCUUGAUUGGUUUGUUUGUCUCUACUUUGAAUAAGGUUUUGUUAGCUGCAAAAUAACAAUUAGAUGCCUAGAAUAUAGAAUAUGUAGUAGCUAGCUAGGUAUCAAUCCACCAUGAAUUUUCAAUAAAAUUUAAUUUAUUCUUUGUGCAUGUAUAUAGAUAUAUACAACGUGUAAGUUCUACAAAAAAGGGCAAAAGUUGAUUGAUUUGGUUUUUCGUUUGUUGAUGUAAACUCAUUUUUUUUGAUAUAUUCCUAGUUUCAUUUCAUUUUUUUCAAUGUGUAAAAGUUUGAACUCUGCCA